AUGUUUUCACAUCUUUGCUUCAACUGUGUCCUGUGGCUGCUACUAUUAACAAGGUCUUCGGAGGAGUCACUCACAGCCACAGUGGGUCAGAAUGCUUAUCUUCCCUGCCACUACUUUCCAACCACCUCUGAAAACCUCGUGCCUGUGUGCUGGGGCAGGGGACCCUGUCCUACGUUUCAAUGUCAGAAUACAGUGCUCAGCACUAAUGGAAGGGAAUUGAACUACCAGAGUUCUAGCAGAUAUCAGCUAAAGGGGAAAGUCCACAAAGGAGAUGUGUCCUUGACCAUAGAGAAUGUGACUUUAGCCGACAGUGGGACUUAUUGCUGCCGUAUCCAAUUCUCAGGCCCAAUGAAUGAUAAAAAAUCAAACCUGAAUUUGGACAUCAAACCAGCCAAGGUCACCCCUGCUUGGACUCCAUGGAGACCCUUCACUACAGCCUUUCCAAGGAUGUUCACCACUGAGGAACAUGGCUCAGCAGAGACACAGACUCUGGAGACCUUCCGCGAUAAAAAUCAAACACAAAUAUCCACACUGGCGGAUGAGUUACAAGACUCUGGUUACAAGACCACCAGAAUAAGUGUCUAUAUUGCAGCAGGAAUCACUGCUGGGCUGGCUCUGGUUCUUAUCUUUGGUGCUUUAAUUCUCAAAUGGUAUUCUCAUAGGAAAGAGAAGUUACAGAAUUCCAGCCUCAUCACUUUGGCCAACCGCCCUCCUCCCUCAGGGUUAGAAAAUACAAUAGCAGAGGGGAUGCGCUCAAGGGAAAACGUCUAUACAAUUGAGGAGAACCCAUAUGAAAUGGAGGACCCAUCUACUGAUUACUGCUAUGUCAUUAGUGGGUAG